AUGCCGCGCCAUCCUGCAGGAGCCGCCCAUGGGGCACCCCUUCUACAAGUGCGGCAGCUGCCUCACCGUCCUGCAAGGUGCCCCCUCCGCUUGCCCUCCCGCCACGCCCCUCGCUUGCCCUCCCGCCCCGCCACCCGCUUGCCCUUCCGCCCCGCCCCCCGCUUGCCCUCCCGCCCCGGCUCUCUCCUCCCCCACUUCGUUCGCUCCCUGCAUUCUCACCUUGCAAACCCGUUCCGUUUUCUUUCGUCCGACAACUCCCCUUGCUUUCCCCAUCCUCCCCGCUCCCCCCUCUCUCCUUCCCCCCGCAUUUCCGCCCUCGUGCUCCCGCCAUCAGCGAAGCACGCGGUGGGCGUGGGGGGUCCGCGUCAUCCGGUGGGCGUGGACGUGUCGCUGCCGCGCGCCUCCUCCUCCGCCAACCUCUCUACGCCUUCCGCUGCAGCACCGCGCGGAGAGGGCGAGGGGCAGCGGGAAGCCGCGGGAGUAGCGGGUGCGGGCGGCGAGGGGGCGAGGUUCAGCCAUGACUACAGCAGGGGCGCUGGGGGAGGCGACGCAGAGAGGCAUGCGUCGCAGCAGCAGUCGCAGCAGUCGCCGCAGCAGUCGCCCGCGCACGCGAUGGUGCCUCGCCAGCGCACCAUGCCCUCGCGCCUCUUCCCCGCCGCCCACUCCGCCCACGCCCCCUCCCCCUUCUCCCUCGCCGCGCCCUCCUCCCCCGGCCUCAGUCGCCCUUGCAGCACUGACAGGCCCGCAACGCCAAGCGAAGCAGAGGGGGCGGAGAGCGACAGCGAGCGCGCGGCGCAAGGCGUGCUCCCCCGCCAGACCACUCUCCCCCCGUGCUUCCCGCACGCCUCCCGCUUCGCACAGCCUCUGGGCCAGCCGCCUCCGGGCCUGCGCACGGCCUCCCCAGACCCGCGCGCGCCUGCAGCAGCGGAGGCGAGCGGGGGGAGAGAGCGGGGCAGUGGGCCGGAAGGGGGGGAAGAGGGCAGCGGAGGCGAGGAGGGGGAGGACGUGGCGGAGCUGCGGCGGCAGGUGACGAUGCCAGGGGGGGCGGCGGGGGAGGGCGGGCGGUGGAGGGAGAUGGGCGCGCCGAGCAGAGGGCUGCUGAGACAGCUGACAGACCCGCAGGAGAACCGACCCACCGCCAGAGUGGUGCAGAGCGGUGAGGCUGGGGGGGCGAGCGAGGGGGCGGACCGGCAGGAGAGGGAGGGCGGAGGCAUGGGCAUGGGCAUGGGCGCGGGCAAGGGCAUGGACGCGAGGGCAGGCGAGUGGGGUGAGAGUGCGUCAGCAGCAGGGUCGAGCGUGGGGGCAUCGCCCUCGCUGCUCCACAUUCUCACGAGGCAGCGGUCACAGCACAGCAGAGCGGGCGAGCAGGAGCGGGGCGCAGGGCGGGGCGAGGAGGACGAGGAGGAGGAGGAGCGCGGGAUUGGAGGGCCGAACAGAGCGGCAGAGAGGGGGGGAGUAGCAGGCAUGGGGGGUAUGAGCGGCGGAGGGUGUGGGGGAGGGGGGAAGGGCAGGGGCAGUCAUGAGGGGCCGUACCUGGUGCGGCUGAAGGGCGAGGACGAGGGGGAGGGGCAGCCUGGGGGGCGCAGUGAGUGGCGUGGCGGCAGCGCCGCCAGCAGCAGGCUCUCUUACGACUCAAACCCUGAUCUGAGCAUGGCAAUGAAUGGCAUGAGGAUGGGCAUGGACGAUGCGGGCAUGGGCGUGGAUGGCAUGGGUGCACGCAGCAGCAGCAGCAGCAGCAGCAGCAGUGCGCUCAUCCGCCAGCGCACCAUGCCUCUGCCCUGCCCCGCCCACCGUGCACUCUCUGCUGCGCCCUCCCUCCCCCACGGCCACUCCCCCACGCCCUCCCCCAUGGUGGGCGCAACACACAGCGCGGGCACCAGCGCGGGCAGCCCCUAUGCCUCCGCGGACGCCCCCUCGUGGCUGCCCCGCCAGCACACCAUGCCCGCCUCCCUGCCCCCCCCUGUGCCCGCCCCUGCCUCCCCCGCGCCCGCCUCCCCCGCCUCCGCCUCCAGAACCGCUGCAGGGGCAGGGGCAGGCGCAGGGGGAGGCGCAGGGGGAGGCACAGGGGCGGAGGCGGGCGGGGCGGGCGGGGGAAAGGGGCUGAGGGAGCGGAGGCCACUGGCAUCGAAGCUAAAGGCGCUGCUGGAGUUGAAGCCGCUGAGAGGGGCGGGGGGGGAGGGCGCGGGCGAGGGGGGCAAGGGGGCGAGUGCAUGGCGGCUGGGGGCCGUGGGGCAGGUGAGUCCCCUGCAGGGCGCUGCCAGGUACGUGCAGCAGGCCUUCGCCCCCCGCUCGCCCAAACCCGCCAAGGCAGCGCCGGCGCAGAGGGAGCGAGGCCGGGAGGGAGCGGGUAGUGGAGGCGUGGCAGGAGGGAGGGGGGAGGGCGCGGAGAGAGGGGUGGGGAAUGGCGUGGGCGAGGGGAUGGGGGAAGAGGAGGAGGGCGAGCAGUGGGGGAUGCAGGGGGUGGUGGCGCGGAGGAGGGGGGGGGUGGAGGAGCAGGAGGUGUGGAACAGCGGUGCUGUAGCCAUGUCGGAAGGCAGAGGCAUGGGGGCAGGGGGCAUGCAGCCGCACAUGGGCGUGGGCGUGGGGAUGGGGUUGCAGUCUUAUUCCAUGCACAUGGGCCCUCCCAGGGGCGUGGGGAUGGGCAUGGGCUUGGGGGUGCAAUCGUAUUCAAUGCACAUGGGUCCGCCCACGGGUGUGGGCGUGGGCGUGGGCAUGGGCGUGCAGUCAUACUCCAUGCAUAUGGGCAUGCCCUUGCGCUCCGCCUCCCAUGCGCAGCCCAUGGCAGGGGACUCGGGCAUGGGGACGGGCAUGGGUGGCGGCAGGAGGAGCAUGGGGGGAGGUGGUGGGGGUGCAAGGGAGGAAGCAAGGCCGGCGGCGGGGGAGGAGGCGUGGGGUGGUGGGGAAGUGUACAGGAGGAGUGCGAGCUCUAGGGGCCUCGAGGAGGGUGGGGCCAUGGGGGCAGUGGGGCAGGGAGGCAGCAGGGCCAUGGCUAGCGCGAUGGGCGGGAGGGAGGCAGGGGGGUGGGGCAGUGGGGACGCGAGGAGUUGGGGCAGUGCAGGCAACGUGGCAGCAGCAGGGCGAGGGGACGCGUAUGGGGCGGAGCAGAGCAUGGCAUUGCACUCUGACGCCCAUGGUGUGGGCAGCGCCCCGCCCCACCAGCAGCAGCAGCAGCAGCAGCAGCAGCAGCAGCAUCUGAGAAUUGUCAAAAGUGAUACAGCAGCGGGACGAAUGGAGGGCGAGCGAGCAGCAGCGGCGGGUGUGGGGCCCACAGGCAGUGAGGGCCAGGCGUCGUCCCAGGUGCCACCGGACUUGCCGUGGCUCCCCCCGCCAGACGCCCCCCAGUUCGUGCAGGUCAGUCAGAGUGUGGGCGCUGAUGGGCGCUGUUGGGUAGUGAUGGGUUGUGGUAGGCGCGCCGCGCACAUGAGCGCCGGCACUCUAAACGCUCCAAUAUCCCUCCACCUGCCACCUGCCGCCUUCCUGCGCCCAUCACUCUGCCUCCUUCACUACUUUGCAUGCCUCUUUUUAACUCUCACCCUUUUCUCCGUCACUUCCUUCUGCCUCUGCCGCCCUCGCCCCCUCGCCCCUUGGUCUCCCCUUCCCUGUGCACUGCAGUGCCAGCACUGUGGGCAGACGCUGGCAGUGCCGCAGAAUCUGCCAGCUGCCUCGCCAUCUCUUAAGUCGCCCCUUUGCCCCCUCAUCCCUCCCCCUUGCGCCCUGCAGUGCCAGCACUGCGGGCAGACACUAGCAGUGCCGCAGAAUCUCCCACGCAGCCGCAAGAACAAGAUGGUGCAGCGCUUAAGAGGCACUUGGGAGGAGGAGGCGCAGCAGCGGGGGGCGGCGGCAGGAGCGGGCGGCUGGCUGCAGGGCGGACUGGAGGAGGAGCUGGGGGCGAGGUGGCAGGGGGAGGGGCAGUGGCGGGCCGGGCGGCAGGAGUCGUAUGGGAGUGGGAGUGGGAGUGGGGGGGAGGCGUAUUGGGAGGAGGGGGGGUCGUAUGGGCGGGGCGUGGUGGUGAAUGGCAGCCCCAUUGCUGAUGGCCUCGUGGCCCAGGCUGAACUCACUGCCGGCCCCAUCCUCCCCGGCCACUACUGGUACGACCACAGAGCUGGCUUCUGGGGGGUCGUGGGCGGCCCGUGUCUCGGCAUCAUCCCCGCGCGUCUGCCGCAGUUCCCAGAGGUCAUGCAGCGAGAGUGUUCGGGCGGCAGGACCGGAGUGGUGGUGAACGGCAGGGAGCUGCAGCGCCGCGACCUCGACCCCCUCGUGCGCCGGGGCGUGCCCGCUGUGCCGCACCGCGCGUACCUGCUGGACCAAGACGGCCGCGUGCUCGAUGCCGCCUCCGGUGCCCUCGUCGCCAACCUGGGGCCCCUUGCACCGUCAUGCAGCUGGCACAUGGUUCUCUCUUUUCAGUUGCACCAUUUGGACGUGAUGGCAGCAGCAUAUAAGUCAGGUAGAUACGACGGAUAUGGCGUCUCAUUCGAUUCGCGAUCGGGGUAUUACGAGACUCCGCAGCGAGAAAGAGACGGCGCGAUGUCUGCCUCGGACGAGGAGAGCCGUUAUUGCAAUCUUAAAGCGGACGCGCAGGCAGCAGCAUGGAACGCAUCAGCAGAGCCAGCGGGACCAUCGCCAUCCUUGGCAAAGGCAGCGUCGUGGCUCAUGCGCAAAGGCAGCCCGCCUGUCGAUGUCACACCGCCCGGCCUCCUGCCGGCGUCUCCGUCUCACAGCUCAGACGGCCAACCGUCCGCUCAGUCGGUAGACCUCGACAUGGACGUUGGGGGGGCAGCAGCGGAGCAUCCGGUGGGGCGGUCAAGCGCUGUGUGGCUGCCUCUGCCGUCGCCGCGCGUGCAGGAGGAGUCCGCCGGCUUGGUAGCGCAUGAAACGAGGCGGCAAUCAUCGGGGUUGGUUGCGCGGAAGCAGCAGAAGAGCGAGAGCAGAAAUGUUCCCUGGUCGUUUCACCAGCUGCUUCAGGCGGACGCGACGAGCGAGGAGCGCGUGGAGGCAGCGGAGCAAAGAAAGCAGAUCCCACGGCGAAAGUCGCUUGAGACGAGACGGGUGAGCAGAGAGGCACGUGCUCGACAGCAGGACAAGGAAGUCAGGGCGGCGGCGCGCGAUCACUCGUUAGAAAGAAUAGCGCGCCACCGAUCAGCGAACGUGGAUCGGAACCGUUCGAUCCAACUAGGUAGCACGCGAGAAGCACGGACGCGUUGGCCGCAGCGACGAAGCGCAGCUGAGCGUCGCGCGGACGACAAGGCAGCGGCGAGUUCGGACAGCUCGUCCGACAGCGAAUGCGAAAGUAGAGUCGAGGGCGCGCGCAGGGGGCAGGAGGGACGCGAGAGGAAAGGAAGAGAGGCGACGAACGAUAACCCAGUGGGGGCUAUGAGGGAAGGAGGCAAAGCAACAGAUUUCCUGCACGAUGGGUUGGGGGACGCCGUGAGAGAGGAGUGGGGCACGCGAGACGAGGGGGUGGAGGUAGAGGGGCCGGAGGACGGGGGGCGUGAUAUUGGCAUCUUAGUGAUGGGGCACCCCGUUCUGCCGCACGACGUGCCUGCACGCGGCGACGCUGAGCACUGGGAGAGCCAUGCGGCGGGAGAGAGGGCGGGAGUGCGCGAGGGGGAGGGGGAGAUUAAAGGCCAAGUUGAGAACGAGGGCGCGGCGGUGCGGUUGGCGGGGUUACUAACGGACGACAUGUUGCAGUGCAGCUUCAUGGACCCGGGCAAGCGCGCGCUGGGCCUCGCGCACGACCACGACGACGUCGAUGGCGAAGCUUCUCACGACCGCCGUGCGCGUGCCAGCGCCAAUGAUCAUUUGCAGGCAUCGACUCAUGGGACCAGCGAUGCCGCCCUCUCGCACCACCGCCUCUUUCCUCCCCUCUCCCACGCCUCGCCUGCGUCUGCGCCCACUCUCCAUAACUCCUUGCCGAGCGCCAUCGAUGCCCCGCGAGGCGGUCUCGUGUUCGGCGUGCCCGUGUCCGCCCCGCUCCUUGCCUCCUCCGCUUCCCUACCGCCCUUCGCCCCCACCGCCAAUUCUUCCGCCACUUUCGGAGCGGCCGCGGUGACGCGGCUGCCGCUGUCGGUGCUGCAGCACGGGUCGCUCGUGUGUCUGCUGGCCGGCUCCUCGCGACUGGCGGCCGUGCGCUAUCAAGGAAGGUGGGAGCUGGGCACGCCGACGCCGUCAAACGCUGACGACAGCUCCAACCCCCUCGCGGCCUCACCCACCGACCCGCUCCGCCGCUCCGCCCACGCCGCGUCGCUGGCUGUGUGCGCGUCGCUGACGGGCGGGUUGGGCCGCUGGCCGCUAGACUGCCUCUUCGUGCUGCUCGUCGUCGCGCCCGCGUGCAUCGCGCUGCGCUCCCUCGCCGCCGACGGCCGCUGCCUCUCCGCCGCGCUGCUGCCCGGCGAGCGCGACUCGUUCCGCACCUGGUCCGUGGGCGACGCGGAGACCUGGGAGGUUCUGCCCGCCGGCGCCGUGGGGGAGGGGGUGGCGGAAGCAGGGGAGGCGGGCGACGGGAGUGCGGAGAGCGCAGGCGGGUGGAGCUGGGGGAGGGAGGGCGUGGUGGAGGGCGGAGUGCUGCUGCGCAGCUGCGCCAGCCCCGCGCGCGUGCUGGACGUGGCGCUGUUCGGGCUGCUCGCCAAGACUCUCUCCGCGUGGCGCCACGUGGAGGCCGCCGCCGCCGCUGCGCCGCUGCUGCACCACCAGGUGAGUGAAGCAGCUGCAGCAGCGAGUGGGCGACGAGGAGGCGGCGAGGCGAGAGGCGGAGGGGGCGAUGGAGGAGCGGCGGCAGCGGUGGGAGGAGGAGAGUGCGCGCAUGCGCGCAGAGGCGGACGAGCAGCGGGACACCAUCGAGCAGCUCCACGUCCAAGGUACGCCCGCCCUCGGCUGCUCUGCGCGCAGUGCUCUGCGCGCCCUCAACUGCUCUGCGCGCGGUGCUCCGUGCACUGCGCGCGUCCGCGCUGUCAUGCGUGUGAGUUCUCCAAUGUGAACGGGACUGCGCUGCCGUCUGCUCUGCUCUGCUCUACUCUGCGCUGCCAUUCCUCGCUCUCCCUGCAUCUCCCUUCAACCCCUCAACCGCUCUCACGCAUGUCUCCCGACGCCGCUUCCCCAACCCGUCACCCCCCUUCCGCAGUGAAUUCGCUAGGCGCGGAUCUCGAGCGCGCCGUGACGCUGCUUGAGGCCGCCAGGCCCGCGCGCAAGGGGGCGCGCGGAGGGCCGCAGCGGGGAGCGGAGUGGGCGGAAGUGGUUGGGAUGGGGAAGGCGACUGGCGCGGAGGGCACGGGAGGCAGUGCGGGGAGUGAGGCGAGGGGAGGCGAUGGCAGGGGACCGGCGGGUGCGGACGACGAGGGGGAAGAUGCGGGCGAGGCAAGGUGGGCGGAUGUGAGCGGCGGAAGCGGCAGUUUCGCUUCCGCCACUCCCCAUGCCCCACCCAGCUGUGCGCCUCCCACUCGCGCCCCUCCCGCCCCCGGCGCCAGUCACGGAGCGCCGCGGGAGGGGCAGCGCGACAGCCGCGGCGGCGGCAGCAGUGGCGCUCGCUCCCCCGUCACCAGCGGCAGUUCGGCCGUGGCUCGCGCGCUCUCCGCCUCCUCCGCCUCCCCCUCUGACUCUGAGUCCGACUGCGGCAGCGGCGCUUCCCCCGGCCGCCGCAGACCCUCGUACGUCAUUGCGGAGCAACCGCAACAGCAACCGCAGCUCCGCGCGCCUUACCGCCCAGCCAGCGGCGGCGGCGACAAGUUUUGGCAGGCGGCACGAUCGGUGGGUGGUAGGGGAGGCGCGGAGACGCGGAACGAGAGCGAUGCGGCUUCGUUACGGGCCGAGGGGAAGGGUGGUUCGCACGGCGCGCAGGGCGCUUCAGCCGUGGAGUUGGGCGUGUUGCUUCGCCGAACCUUCUCUCCCAUGCGCGUCCGCCGCAGCCUCUCGUCGUCGAAAGGGGAAGCGGGCGCAAGCCGCGGGGUGGGGGACGGCGGAGGCGCGAGAAGCGCGCUGCAGGACGUGAUGGGGCGGGCUGCGGGGGCUUGGGGGGCAGGGGGGGCGCGCGUGGGAGAGAGCGCGGAGGAAGGGCUGCGGGGUGCGAGGCAUCCCGCGAGGGCAAGAGACGAGCGCGAGGGGGCGCAAGUAGGGGCAGGGGGAGCCGGAGAGGAGGCGGUGGGAGUUGGGCUGAGAGGAGAGGGGGAGGCUCGCACGCAGCACGGGGAGGGCGGGGAGGGGAUGGGCGGAGAGGGGGAGGGAGCUGUGCGGGGUAUGGCGCAGCGGGCGCAGCAUGGGGGGCCGGAGGCGUGGGUGGCGGAGAAUCAGCGCGUGGUAGUGCUGGAAGAGGUGGCGCGGGGGGGAGAGGGGGCGCGCGGAGAGGCAGAGGAGGCGAGAGGCGCGAGCGCCGCGAGUGAGGGGAGCGAACCGAGUGGUACGACGAGUGGUGUAAGUGGCAUGAGCGGCAUGAGUGGGGUGGACGAGGAGUGGGAGGAGCAGUGCACGGAGCAGGGAUGGGUGCUGCGCCCUGUGUCACGUGCAGGGGCGGGGGCGGGGGCAGGGGCAGGGUUGAAUUCACAGGCUCGCUCGUAUGGCGUGUGCUGCACCGCGGAUGAUGACGUGGCGGGUGACGUGGAGGAUGAGGUGGACUCGGAGCAGGUGCGGCAGUCACUGCUGCAGACGCGGAUGGGUGGGAGCGCGGGAGAGGGCAACGGGGAGAGCAGUGGGGGGAGCGGAAGCGACACUGGGAGCAGGUCGGCCAGGGGCGGCACAGCAGCAGUGGCAAGACCAGCAGCUGGGGCAGGCGCAAGCAGUGGGAUGGCAGGCGGCGGAGCAGCAGCUCGUGCUGCCCACACGGGGCGUCAAGGGGGACCUGGCGCUGCUGCUGCUGGUGCUCCCGCUGGUGGUGCGAGCAGUGGAAGGGCACAGGGCUCCACAGGGGGGGCAGGGGCGCAGGCGCAAGGGGCGGAGGGAGGGCGGGCAGGGGCGGGGGCGGGAGAGGAGCCCCCCUCGGCGUUGAAGCAGCGUGUGGCGGCCCUGCGCUCGCGCGUCUCCGCCCUCCGCGCCACCUCCUCCUCCCUCCUCGCCCCCACUCCUGCCACCGCUGCUGCCACUGCCACUGGCGCUGCCACUGCCGCUGGCGCUGGCGCUGAUGGUGGGAGAGGGGCGGGUGGGGUCGGUGCUGGGGUGGCGCAGGGGAGGGAGCAGGGAGGGGGUGGUGCGCACGUGGGGGAAGGCCAGGGCGCAGAGACUAGACGGGGGGGGCUUGCAGGCAUACGGGAGAGUGGCAGUGAGAGGAGUGGCAGCGACGGCAGCAACAUGUGGGGCAGCAGCGGUGCUGGACACAGUGCCGCCAUUCCCACUAGCUUGACACACGCCGCUGCUGCUGCUGCCAGAGGAUUUGUGAGUGCGGCUCACAGGCAGUUCGGUGCUGGCAGCAGGGCGGAUGCGCGGCAGGCAGGGUGGCAGGGCGGUGGGAAUGAAUCGAGGGAUGUGAGGCAGGGCGGGAGGGGCGUGGAGGAGGGGAGUGGCGGUGCUGGUGGGGAGAGGUCGGUAGCGGUGCUGCGAGAGAGGAGCAGCAAUGUGCCGGAUGGAUCCACCAGGGAGCUCAAGAAGCCAGCAGCAGUGUUAACAGCAGGCAGUGCGGGCGGACGGGCAGGGCUGGUGGCGGUAGAUCCAGGGGAGCGGCAUCUGCAGUCGCUGCUGCCGGUGCGCGUGCUGGUGAGGGAGAGGGCCUCGCAGCAGGGGGGAGAGGCGGCAGGAGGGCAGCAGAGCAGCGGUGAGAGCGGUGUGUGGCACAGGGGCAUGGAGCAGAGAGGGGCAGUGGGGAGGGACAUGCGUGUCGCCAGUCGCACUCUCUCGUCCACCUCUGCUUCUUCUGACUCGCACGCCCUCCCUGCGCUCCUGCACUCGCCCCGCCACCCGCACGGCAGCAGCAGCCCGCAGAGUGCCAGUGGAGGGUCGAGCCCUGCCCUGGGCUUGCUCACUCGCUUCCUCUCCCCCUCUCGCCGCUCCCCGUCUCACCCCAGCCAACCCCAGCUCCCACAGCAGCAGCAGCACCCACAGCAGCAGCAGCACAGGGGCACCCAGUCGGGAGCUGCAGCCCCUCAGGCAGCAGCGGCUGGCGUGCGGCGCAGCAUUCACGGCAGGCAGGGCAGCAGCGGGCGGGCGUCGUCCCCCUCGCGGCGGCUGUGGGCCGUGGGGCGGUCUACAGAGAGGCGCGCAGAGGAGCGGUGUGGGGGGCGCGGGCAGAGUGGGGCGUGGGGGAGGGGCGCAGCAGAGCAAGUGCAGGAGGACUCUAUGAGCAGCACAGGAGGUGAGUCGUGUGUGAGGCAAGGUUGA